AUGAUAGUAAGGCUCGAUCGGCUCACUACAAGGGGGUUGGGCAAGAGAAGAGGAAAGCAGAAUCGGAACUAUGGGAAGCUAUAUAAUGCUCCAGCUGAUAUAGGUAAACAAAGAGUUGUUGAUGGUAAGAGGACAAGUGGGGGAGGUGCUCCUACUCCUCUUAAGUUCUAUAGGUGCGAGAAUGUGAUGACUUGCUACAACUAUGGUGAACCAAGAUAUAUCAGCACUCAUUGCCCGAAGCCUAAGAAAGCUUCAACUGGAGGAAAGGUGUUCGCUCUGACAGGGACUCAGACUUCCAGUGAUGAUAGGUUGAUUAGAGGUAUAUGUUAUAUUAAUAAUACGCCUUUGAUUUCUAUUAUCAAUACUGGAGCUACUCAUUCUUUUAUUGAUGCUGACUGUGUGAAAAGGCUAGGCCUUGUUGUGUCUUAUAUGAGUGGAGAAAUAGUUAUCGAAACUCCUGCUAAAGAGAAUCUUGAUGUUACCUUGGGGAUGAACUGGUUGGAGAUUAAUCAUGUUCAUAUCAAUUGGUAUAACAAGUCGCUGGAAUUUACUGCUCCUGGUGAGGAGGAAGAAGCUAGCUUUUUGUCUUCUAGAGAUUUGAAGGAGAUUUUGGAAGAGGAAGCUCAGGUGUUUGGGCUAUUCGCAGCGUUAUCUGCUAAGAUUCAGGCGGUGACUGAUGAAUUGCAGGUAGUGCAGGAUUUUCCAAAGGUGUUUCUAGAUGACAUUUAA